AUGAAAUACUUAUUAUCCAUUGCUAGUUUAUUAGCUACCACUAUUGCCAAAGAUGUUGUCUGUAUGGUUAACGAUGAAGCCGUUGCCACUGUUGACUUAGACACUGGUGUUUGUCCAUUCACUAUUCCAGAAGAUUUACCUGUUGAAUUUGAUUUCACUAGUACUGAAGAUUAUAACGUUAUCUUCUACUAUGCUGUUGCUCAAGCUUCAAAAUACUUCAAUGAUAUCCCAGCUGAAGGUAGAACCAUUAACAUUCCAGCUAACUUAUUAUAUGGUUUAGAAUCAACUCCAUUAUUCCAAGUUUCAGAUUCUAAAACUCCAGCUGCUAACUCUACUGAAGCUUUAAGAAAAAGAUUAUUAGGUAAAACCGCUUUAUACUCAAGAGAUGCUGAAUCUGAUUUCGUUGCUUCCCUUGAAGGUGAAGAAGGUACUGAAUUACCAGGUCAAACUUUUGCUGUUGUUGAUCCAUCUGUUGCUUCAUCAGAAGUUGCUGAUGCUUCAUCAGCUGCUGGUGGGGAAUUAACUGUUACCAACAGUCACACUACUGUUAUGACCAUCACUUCAUGUUCCGAUAACAAAUGUUCAGAAACUGAAGUUCCAGCUACUGAAGUUGUUACCACUGUUACUUCCGAAGGUAUUGUUACUGCUUACACCACUGUUUGCCCAUUAACUGAAGAAGGUACUACUACUGAAACUGAAUUCUCAACCACCGUUAUGACCAUUACUUCUUGUGCUGAUAACAAAUGUCAUGAAACCGUUGUUCCAGCUAAAGAAACCGUUACUACUGAAACUGUUGAAGGUGUUGAAACUAUCUACACCACUUACUGUCCAUUAUCAGAUGAAUCUUCAGCUCCAGCUCCAACCACUUUAGCUCCAGAAUCUUAUGAUGCUACUUCAACUGAAUACGUUACUUCAUACAUUACCAUCACUUCAUGUGGUGCUAACGGUUGUGAAGAAAAAUCAAUGGUUGAAACCGUUACCACUGUCACUGUCAAUGGUGUUGAAACCGCUUACACUACUUACUGUCCAAUUGAAGAAGCUACUACUGGUGCUGAAACUUCUACUGUUGGUUACGCUAACUCAACUGCUCCAGUUACCACCCCAAUUGUUGCUCCAACUACUUCCCUCAACACCACUGAUGUUGUUACCGUUUGUACUGGUCCAGAUUGUGAUACCACCACUACCGUCCAAGCUGUUGUUACCGUUUCAGUUUCCGGUGGUGCUUCCCCAUCAGUUGAAGCUGAUGUUUCAACUUUCGAAGCUGGUGCUGCUACUAAUGUUGGUGGUAUUACCUCAAUUGUCGCUUUAGUCGGUGCUAUUGUUUACUUAUUAUAG